GAUGUUAACGUGCUUCUCUUUAAAGAUCUUAAACCAAAAAACUACUGUGAGACAGUACUUUAAAUCAACUACAAACCAGCUGUUUAUUGACUUGUACACCUAUAAUUUGUAGGGGCUUAUGCACAAGUCAUAACAUUUGUAUGAGUGCACCGCAACAUAUUACUAAAAUACAUCAAUGCUUUUGGUUUUGUCUGAUAAAUAAACAUUUAUAUGAAUGUCUGCCAUCUUUCAGGAAAGAAGAGAAGCUCCAGAGCAGCUCCAGUCUGUUUGGUGCUAUUGUGUUUCCUUCUGCUGACUGCAGUCAUAGUGCUGAGUGUCUUCAUCUAUACAAACAACACAAACUCUGCUGAAGAGAGACGCCAGCUUAUAACCAACAUCGCCAACAUUACAGAAGACAGGGACAAGCUACUAAGCAUCAUUACCAACAUCACAGAAGACAAAGAAAAGCUACUAACCGACAUCAUCAAUCUCACAGAAAUCAAAGACAAGGUUCUAAUCAACAUCACCAACCUCGAAGAAGACAGGGAUGAGCUACUCAACAAGAUUACUACGUUUACAAAAGUGAGAAAUGAGAUAUUAAAGAAGAACGCAAACCUCCUGAAGGACAAAGACCAACUAAUAAAGCAACUUCAGGUUUUUGGUCAGGAAGCUUACUAUCAAUCCAGCUUUUACUACUUGUCCAGUGAGAGGAAAAGCUGGACUGAGAGCAGAAGAGACUGUAAAGACAGAGGAGCUGAUCUGAUCAUCAUAAACAACAAACAGGAACAAGAUUUUAUUAUGAAGAUCACCAGUAACAAUGAAUUCUGGAUUGGUCUGACUGACAGUGAUAAAGAGGGAAUAUGGAAAUGGGUUGAUGGUAGUAAUCUGACGUCUAGGUUCUGGGCUUCCUCUGGAUCAAUAACUGAGCCCAAUGGACGGAAAACAGAGAACUGUGCUGUGACCCAUUUAAAAAAGCACCCUGAGUUAAUAGGAUGGCUUGAUGUUGCAUGUGAUGGUGCUUAUCAAUGGAUCUGUGAGAAAAAUAUUUUACCAGUUACCAGUUAAGCAACAAAAAUGUUUUGUUUUCAAUGGUUAAUAUUACAAUGCCAACCCUAAUGAAAAUCCUUAGUUGUCCAAAGACGUCAGGAUUAUUAAAGCAGGGGUUUUCAAACAUUAGACGACACUGACCCUUAAAAUGAUCAUCCUCGUUUGUGGAACACCAAUCCUAAAAAGUAAACUUAGCCUAUGUAGUUCUUCAUACAUAUCUUUGGUUAGUCCUGAUAUUUCGAGGUUUGGAUUUUUUUUUUCUAAUAAUGACCACCAUUAAUAGCAGAUCUCUAAAAUACACUGCAAAUCUAAUUUCAUGUAUCAAGCAAAACGUUUUGUACACAGUUGUAUUGUUGUAUUUUUUAUUUUUUAUAUUAAUCAGCUGGUGUUUUCUUGCACUUAUUUUAUUUACUAAACUGAAAAUAACUUCUAUAAUACUGUUGCUAGUGCCAACUAGCGUUUCGGAAAUGUUGAUGCAGAGCAACAGAGACAGCUCGCAGAAGUAUAAAUUUAAAGCUACGCGCGUUGCAUGCGCCGUGGGUUACGCCGGUCACUUGAUGCAGAAGUAUAAACCAGCCUUUAGUUUAAGUAAAUUUGAUGAACGCGAUUGUGUGUGUUGAUGAAUCUAAAAGGAGUCGCUCACCGUGACCGCUGUACUGUGCACGUUGUUUCUGUGUGUGUGUGUGUGUGUGUGUGUGUGUGUGUGUGUGUGUGUGUGUGUGUGUGUGUGUGUGUGUGUGUGUGUGUGUGUGUGUGUGUGUGCGUUUCCAAGCAGCUCUUAACAUUACUGACAGUGUAGGACCCUGUAAGAAGUCUAUAGUCUUUGGUAUGUGCCUUUAAUGUACCCCUUGAUUCUGCUUGUGAGAGACUGUUCUCACUCUCACCUCACAUCAUUUAAAAGAAAAGGGCCACAGUCCCUAAUAAUGUCAAUAGACUGGACUGUCUUAGCAACUGGCUAAAUGUUAAAGAGGACUAAGCAAAAUUGUUUCUGAUU